UCCUCCUCGGCCAAUGGCCUGCUAGGACGCCCGGUCACGUGACAUAAGCCACCAAUCAUUCUUUAGGAGAAACCGGCAAAAAGAGGGGAGGUGUCCCUGUCCUCCUCCUCCUCCUGGAGACGGACGGUGAUGUGAUGAACCCUGUCACCUCCCUGCUGAAGACAGAAGACGAGGCCGUGAAUCUUUCUCUGUCCUCUCCUGAGGAACACUCGGGGGAUGAAUGGGGAGGCGAUGGAGGAGAUGUCGGUUCAGGUGCAGCGUGCCGGUAACGGCUCGCACCUCCCCCCUCCUCCCACCAUCACACCGGCAAUCCCUCCCUACGUGAAGCUCAGUCUGACCGUUGCCUACACCAUCUUCUACUCCUUGCUGUUCGCGUUCGUCUACGCUCAGCUCUGGCUCGUGCUUCGUUAUCGCCACAAGCGCUUCAGCUACCAGACGGCGUUCCUGUUCUCGUGUCUCCUGUGGGCGGCCCUGCGUGCCCUCCUUUUCUCCUUCUACUUCAGAGACUGUGGGACGGCCAACACUCUGGGACCCUUCGCCUUCUGGCUGCUCUACUGCUUCCCCGUCUGCCUGCAGUUCUUCACACUCAGCCUCAUGAACCUUUACUGCGCACAGGUUUACUUCAAGGCAAAGUCCAAGUUCACGCCGGCUCUUCUGAAAUACAGGUUGCUUCUGUACCUGAUCUUUCUGGGCGUCAGUCUUCUCUUCUUGGUGGUCAACCUGGUCUGCGCCCUGUUGGUCAAGAUGUCCUCGGCUGAGGUGAAGGCCGUCGUCCUGGUGAGGGUCGCCAUCAAUGACAGUCUGUUUGUCCUCUGCGCCGUGUCCCUGUCCGUCUGUCUCUACAAGGUCGCCAAGAUGUCGCUGGCCAACAUCUACCUGGAGUCAAAGGGCACCUCGGCGUGUCAGGUGACCCUGAUCGGCGUCACGGUGGUGCUGCUGUACGCCUCGCGGGCCUGUUACAACCUGGUGGUGCUCACGCUGUCUGACAUCAAACGCAUCAACUCCUUUGACUACGACUGGUACAACGUCUCCGACCAGGCAGACCUGCGCUCGUCGAUGGGAGACGCCGGCUACGUGGUGUUCGGGGUGAUCCUGUUUGUCUGGGAGCUGCUGCCGACCUCGCUGGUCGUCUUCUUCUUCAGGGUCAGACGGCCGCCUCAGGACCGGAGCGCCGCCGGGAUCCCAAACCACAUCCUCUCGUCCAGAGGCUACUUCUUCGAUAAUCCUCGGCGCUACGACAGUGAUGAUGACCUGGCAUGGAGUAUUCCUCCACAGAACGCCUCAGCGAGUCUUUCUUCCGAUUGGAGCAGCCGGCACAGCAGCUUCACCGUGCACACCGUCAACGACGACCAACGACUGACCGCCACCGCCGGAGAACUCCAGCCUUACCCAUAAUUCACCUGUGCACCACAAUGAAGUAGAACUAGAACAACAGUAGCCAUGUUAGCAAACCCUGGAACGCGUCUUAUGAGGUUGAUUGUAGAAUCAGGUCUGUAAAGCACUUUUAAGAUGACGCCAUUUGGCAGCAGCGCCCCCAUCCUGCCAGAGAGAAAAAUUUAAAACACUCAAAUUCAUCAAAACUUCACCGUCCAACAAAAUACAGCCGGUAACGUUAGCACACAACUUCAAAGAAACUCAGUGAAAUAUGAACAUUUUGUCUAAAAUGGUCAAACUGUGACGUGAAUCAAAAUACUGCCUCGCUACUGCUAACAUGAAAUGUUAGAAUUAAACAGUGUCCAGAAUGAACAAAUUUAGCCAUUUGACAAAAUGUAAAAUUUUAUCAAAUGCUCCCGUAAACUCUUAAAAUAAUAAUUAUAUAGUUUGUCAAUAAAAGUUUUCAGCCCAAAAAGUCGUCUUACUGCUUAGACAGCAGCCAAGCUAGUUAGCAUAAUGCUAACAGAGCCGGUUAUGAAAUUUGAAGCAGAGGUGAAGAAUACACAGAAUAAACUGCUUUUAAAAUAAUUCACGUUUUAAAUUAAGAUCAAAAUAACCCGUUUACUCCAUAUUAUGUAGAGGAUUUGUAUAAAAAGGAGUUUUGAACUGGCUCAAAAAACGCAUGUAAAACCAAUUCAAACACUGAACUUCAGGAAGAAAUUUUCAUCAGUAGAAACUUGAUUAAAACUGGCAGAUACUGAUUUAGAACCAGUUCUAAACCCAUCUGAAAAUAACUAAGACUAGAUUUAAGGUGGCUAAAAUGAAGAACUGGUUUUGGAUUUAGGAUUAAAGUACUGUACGGUCAACUUGAGAUUUUUUAUUUUAUUUUAUUAAGACUGUUUCUUGUAAUCAAUAACUGCAAAAGUGAAAAGAUUUUAAAAUGAACAUUAUAUCUUAAGUUUAAUCUGAAUUUCACUCUUACUUGAGUAAAAGUGUUUAAGUUGUAAAGAUUAAUUUGAACUUUUGAGGCUCCUAUGAAUGAAAAAUUUAUAUAAGAAAACUGAAAGUGUGAAAUCAGAAUUCUGCAGAGUUUGGAACCAGAAUAAAACUGAAACACUAUUUUUCUAACAGAAUAAGUUUAAUUUGCAGAGCUGCAAAGUGAUUUUUGAUGUUGAUCCAUUUUCAUAUUUGUGACGUGUGGACACAUUAAAGUAUCACCAAAAAUAAAGCCGGUGUGUCUGUGUCUGUCCAGAGGACCAGUCCCAGGACCGGGUCGGAGAGCGAGGACCAUCAAGAAUCUGCAGCAAAGUUUGAAGAAAUUCUUCAACAAAUAUAAGUCAACAAAUAAACAACUUAAUAAAUAAAUGAUAAAAUAAAUCUGGCUUUUGCUUAAAUUUCAAUUAAUAUCUGCAAUCACAAAUUCCAAGAAAGACGUACACAUUUGCAUGACUCCGCCUUCUUUGUAAAAAAUAAAAAGUAAGAA